CUGCUAUCACGUUAACUCACCCAUCGUCUAGCCUCCACGAUGAGACCAUCUUUGCUUCGUAGAGCAGCAGCGACGUUGCCCAUUCCUCCAACUCUUGCAGAGGCCUCUAUGCAGUUGAUUCCACCUAUACCCCUCUAUCGACGGCUUCUUCGAGCCCAUCGAGGACUGCCAGACGACAUGCGAUUCAUGGGUGACGCAUAUAUCAAAUCAGAGUUCAGAGCUACACGGACAUCCGACAAUCCGAUACACAUCAUCGCCUUCCUCUCACAGUGGAAGUUGUAUCUUGAAGAAGUGGAGCAGUCGGCCACGGAGGCGGGAAAAGCGGCACCAUUUAAGGGCAGACGCCUCGAGGUGGACAAGAUCGAACAGCUCAGCGAGGAGCAAAUUGGUCAGCUCUAUGAACUGAUGCAUGCUACAAAAGAUGUAUGGAAAUCUCCCGAGGAUCUCACUGCUCAAGCAGGCGGCGGCCCGUCGGGUUCGCUGAAUCCAUCAGCUCCGGAGGAUGAUACGAAGGACAAAUGAUAGUUCCACGGCAUCGCGCCAAUGACCGGUUCUGCUGCCGUGCGCUCAGUCAAUCAUAUGUGCUCGGCGAUACCCGGAGCAGAUCGCUGCAUCGGGCCAAUUCUCAAGUCAGCCUCAGUGCAUCGCGGUCAAGCUGUAACCAGCAGCUGAUAUUCUCAUGGUACUAAGGAAAAAGCAGCGGCCUCUUUAGAGCGUAGGCAAAAUCCCGGGACCAAAUGUAUGCAUCUGCGUUUCCUC